AUGUCCACCUUGGCACGUUCGGGAAAUGUGGCUACAAAAGUGAUUUGUGGAUCACAGCACCACACAAGCUUUGUCGUCGCUGCUCCUUCGUCUAAGGUAGUUACUCCAAUCAAGGAUGUCGUCACUGAGUUCAAAACUCCUGACUCUCUGCAAACGGCCGCAAGUCGCGGUACUAACCACGGAGGUCUGCUUUCAUCAAAUUUUGCCUUCAAAGGAAUAAAUGUGUCAUCACGGCGUUUGGCUCAUACCGACGUCAAAUUUCCGGACUUUUCUAACUAUCGUAGAGAGGUUACAUUAGAUACGCAGAAAGCUGCACGUGAUACCGAAGAUCAGCGGCGUUCGCUUGCCCAUGCUGUUUAUUACGGAGCUGGCGGUGUGAUGUCUCUCUGGGCUGCCAAAGAAAUAGCUCAAGUUUCGGUCUUAUUCAAGGCCAUGGCUGCUGAUCAGCGUGCUUUGGCCUCGAUUGAGGUGAAUCUGGAUGAGAUCCCAGAAGGCGUAACGAAGACGUACGAAUGGCGUGGAAAGCCUGUUUUCAUUAAGCAUCGAACAAAGGCCGAGAUCGCAAGGUGUGGACUGGCUUGA